AUGAAGACCGCCGAGGACGCCAGAGGAGUACAUGGCGAGGGGCCGCGGAAGCUAGGCCUCUGCCUCCUCUGCGGCCUGCCCGCGGCAGGAAAAUCGACCUUCGCGCGGGCCCUAAGCCCCCGGUUACGGCAGGAGCGGGGCUGGGCCGUCGCCGUGGUCGCCUAUGAUGACGUCAUGCCGGACGCGUUCCUCGAGGAGGCGAGCGCGCGGCCGUUGCCAUCCCAAUGGAAGUUGCUUCGACAGGAACUGUUGAAGUACCUAGAAUACUUCUUGUUGGCUGUCAUUAACGGGUGUCAGAUGUCUACCCCACCCAACAGGACUGAAGCCAUGUGGGAGGAUUUUAUAACCUGCUUAAAGGAUCAAGAUCUGAUAUCUUCUGCUGCACCGGAGGCCCGGUCUUGCUAUCUCUUAACGAAGACUGCUGUUUCUAGACCUUUGUUUUUGAUUUUAGAUGACAACUUUUAUUAUCAAAGUAUGAGAUACGAAGUCUACCAACUGGCUCGGAAAUAUUCAUUAGGCUUUUGCCAGCUUUUUUUAGAUUGUUCUCUGGAGACCUGUUUACAGAGGAAUGGCCAGAGACCCCAGGCGCUGCCUGCCGAGACCAUCCACCUGAUGGGAAGAAAGCUGGAAAAGCCCAACCCCGAGAAAAAUGCUUGGGAACACAACAGCCUCACAAUUGAGAGUUCAGAAUGUUCUUCUGAAGCCAGCCUGAAGUUGACUGAUUUAUUGCUUACUGCUUUGGAAAAUCCAGUAAAAUACAUUGAGGACAAUGUGGAACAAAAGGAAGCAGACAGAAUCAUUUGUUCAACCAACCUUCUUCAUCAAGCCGAUCAGAUGCUCCGAAGGAUUGUCUCUCAGACGAUGAAGGAAGCAAAAGAGGAACGAGUGCUUCCUUUCAACUUGAAGCUUCUAGCAGAAGAACUCAACAAGCUCAAAGCAGAGUUUUUGGAAGACCUAAGACAAGGAAACAAAAAGUACCUGUGCUUUCCAGAAACCACCAAUGUAUCAGAUGCUAUUGCUUUUUUUCAUCAUGAGAAAGAUAAUAUUGUCCAGAAAUAUUUUUCAAAGCAUUAA